AUGAAUCUGAAGCUUGCUUUCGUGGAGGGUCCAAGAGAAGGCGAAUCUGUAGAGUACAAGCCCGGAUCGACUAUUCGGAUCGGUCGAUUAGUUCGUGGUAAUGAAAUUGCCAUUAAAGACGUCGGAAUCUCCACCAAGCACAUCCGGAUCGUCUCCGAGUCCGAGAAGUGGAUAAUCUACGACCUCGGAUCUCGCAACGGAACCAUACUGAACUCAGAAACUCUCGACCGAGACACCCCCGUCAAUCUCCGCCAUGGAGACGUAAUCAAGCUUGGUGGGGAUACUUCCAUUGUCGUGAACUUUGAGGCCGAUGCUCAGGCGCAGGAGCAUAAGCUUCCGCCGAGGCCGCGAAGGAAUAACAGGCGUCUGCCUGUUGCGGAUCCGGAUCCGGAUCCUGUCGAGUCGGUUCAGGAGAAACCAACGCGCAAGCGUAGAUCUGCGAAGGAGGACGAACAUGAACCGCCGAAGAGAAGUAAAAAGCUGGAAGAUAUCGCCAAGGAGGUGAAUUCUAGGGUUACUAGGUCCAGGAGGAAGAUGGACGAAGAAGUUCCGGUGGAGAAAAAGGGCAACUCUAGGUCUCGGGGAGGUAAUAAGAACACUGAGAAUUUGGGAUUGGAGGAGAAUGUAGAGGAGAAGAGACCUUUAAGGGCUACGAGGAGCAAGAAGAGAGAACUUGGUGGAGAUUGUUUUCUGGAGUUGGAGAUGGUCCUGACCAAACCCGUAAAAGCCGUGCAAAGAAGAAGAAGAUGGAGUCAGAUAAGGAUGUUGAAGAAGAAGAUGAGACAUCUGAGCAGGUGGAGAUUGAGACAUUAG